UUACAGACGUUCCAGUCAGAAAGAGGAUUCAUCAGAGAAAAUAACUAUCUGCACUGCAUAAUCUAGUAAAUUGUUUUUUUAAAAUGUUUUAUUUUUAUGUGCAAUAAUCAUUAAAACAGCUUCCUUGCAUAUGGAUCUAUUUUGAUACUAAGUGAUGACUUCAAAAAUACAACGAUUGUAGUUUUUAUAGCAGUCAGUUUGUUCUUAUAAUCCAAACUGAAUGGUAGUGAUUUCACCUGACUCGUACUCGUUCACACUUUCCCAGGUGCUGAUAUGUUUAGUGAAGUAAUGCUGGGGGUAAAAAUGCGGGGGUUAUUUUUGUGGAAAUUUUAUUUUUCAUUUCACAAUCAUUAUUUAGUACACAGGAACUAUGAGUUCACAAAGGUAUAAACAAUUGGAAUGGUAUACUUAUUACAACUAUUACAAAAUAGGAAAAUACAAAAUUACAAAAUUUCAAGAAACUAAAACAAUUUAGAUGCAUUGAUUUGUAGUCAUGUCUUGCCAAAGACUUCACAGUGCUUUGCGUUAAUUUUUCCUACAAAUGUAGGUUUAGCCAAUGAUCCUCUUUCUGACUGGGACGUCUGUAAAAUUGUUAUCCGAGGAAGAAACACGUGAACUCUACCAUUAUGGAGAGUACAGGCAAUGCUGAGGGACCUUUGUCUGCCUUGCCAUGGAUGCCUGUGAAUAUUGAUGGUUCCAAGUUUUUGACCAAAGCCUGGUUUGGUGACACAGAAUAUGAAUUGCUGCUAUUUGACCAGAACAUUGUUUGGGAGGAUAAGAUGAACAAAAACAGCAUUGAAAGACGUGCACAGGUUCUAAAUAAACGUUUAAGGGCUCCAGUGCAAGCAAUUGUUGCUCACCUGCACUCAGUGGCUUGGCCAUGUCUCACUAGACAGUCAAAUGAACAAAACACUGCCCUACAAUUCAGUCUUGAACAACAGGAAGGUCAGCUAACUGUUAGACUCAGAAGUGAGCUGGGAGAUGUACCAUUCUAUUGGGAAUUCCACUGCACACCUGCUACUAUAAAAGUGGUUUCUAGAGAGCUAAUAUGUCCCUUGCUGUCUAUGACUCAAGUGCUGCAAAGGCAAGUUGGAGAAUUAACUGCUUUGCUGCUCAAGAAAAAUGCUGAAAUACAAGACUACAAAGAGAAUGGAGCAGUGCUUAGCAGAGGUAGACUUCAGACUGAGCCUUUUGAGGAGGAGACAUACAGAAGAAGCUUCAAUCAGUGGCUUCCUGAAAUACUGCAGGACAGUCUGGAGUUUGACCCUGAGCUCAAGGAGAUGUAUGUAUCCAUAUGUGCUGCAAGAAAUGCACAGAAGCGUAAGCGUUCUGACGAAUAUAGCCAUGCUUCAGUAGACAGCUUUGUUCUUGGUCAGGACAAGAUCAGCUGUGUGCAACCAGGUCUGAGGUCUGCCUCUCCUGGGUCUAACAAAAAUGAUAAAAGUCAGCAUGUAGAGGACACAAAGAAUGCUAAGUCCAGAGAGACUGUGAGAGGAGCUGCUGGUGCUGUUGCCGUUCCACCUGUGGUUCCACAUGCAGACAGACGAAUUAUGCACAUCAAGAAAAAGAAAGCAGCUGGGCUUUUCCAGUGAUGUUAUGGUACAAUAUAGCUUGGAUUUAUUGGAUGGAUUUUGUUUCCCCCUAAUAUUUUCUACCCUGAUAUUGGAUUUUUGUGUGUUUUUAGUUUUUGUUGCAACUCCAGCCUGUUUUUUGCUUAAAAUACACAGUCAUUACUUCAAGUAUCUGCUUUAUCUUAGUCACAGUGUUGCUGGAUCUGGCACAUUGGACACCUGUCUAUUGCAAGGCAGUAUUCUCACAGUCACACCUAUGGGCAAUUUAGCAUGUCUGAUCCACCUACAUGCAUUCUUUGGAGAGUUUCAAGAAAACCAAGGAACCCAAUAGAAGUCCUUGCGUUCAAGGGAAGAAUAUGUGAAACCCAUUACAGACAAUAACUUAACCAUGGCCAGGACCCUGAAAAUGAAAUGCAGCAAUGCAAGCCACUCCACCACCAUGCUGAGCAGUCUACUAAUAUUAUAAAGAUUAAUUAUUUGAUGCACAUACUGUAGGUUUCAAAUAUAUGUUUUUCAAAAUA